AUGCAGGGGCAGAGGGUACUCACCAGAGUGACCACUGAAAGCCCAGAACACCCCGAGCUGGCAAUAAAAAUCCAGUCUUGGUCCACUGCCUCUGACAGUUUGUCUGCACUAGAGAACUCCCUGCCAUCCCAACUGCUGGUUCAGAAAGCUAAGGGAGCCACUGCCUCAGAAAGAGCACAGAUGGAGCCAGGCUCUGCAGUGGGUGCACUCUGUGCACAGAGCAUUGGUGAGCCAGGCACCCAGAUGACCCUGAAGACUUUCCACUUUGCCGGGGUAGCCUCCAUGAACAUCACCCUGGGAGUGCCUCGAAUCAAAGAGAUCAUCAACGCUUCCAAGGCUAUCAGCACUCCAAUCAUCACAGCACAGCUGGACAAGGAUGACGAUGCGGACUACGCACGCCUGGUGAAGGGCAGGAUCGAGAAGACACUCCUGGGAGAGAUAAGGAGUCCCUUUGGAUAA